CGAAGGUAGAGUCACUGAAGCAUUUGCACCGGGACCGUUAUAUUGUCAUCAAACCACCUGUUAUAGGGAGGGAGGCCUCUGUAACGCCAUCCCUCCCACAAAAUAGUAUGGGACGGAGUUUCUUUGGAGUACGCUAAACGUGAUAAGACAGUGUGCCCUAGAGUUAACUGACGCAUGCGAGCCAGCAAGUUGACAGACAUAACAAAACUUGCGUCAACAGGGGACAGUCCUAGUAGGAAUUACGGACGUUGAGUAGAUAGCUGGUCCUGCAAAAUGAAAUUCGCGGAGCACCUUUCGUCCCAUAUUACUCCGGAAUGGAGGAAACAGUACCUUCAAUAUGAGGCUUUCAAGGAUAUGCUGUAUGCGGCCCAGGACCAGGCCCCAUCCAUAGAAGUUACAGAUGAAGACACUGUCAAGAGAUACUACGCCAAGUUUGAGGAGAGGUUUUUUCAGAAUUGUGAGAAGGAGCUUUUGAAGAUCAACACAUUUUAUUCAGAGAAACUUGCGGAAGCCCAGAGGCGUUUUGCCACCCUGCAGAAUGAGCUGCAGUCGUCUCUGGAUGCGCAGCGUGAGAGCAAUGCGCCAGGUCUGCGGAAACGCAAGACAGUGUUCCACCUGUCCCAGGAGGAACGCUGCAAACACCGCAACAUCAAGGACCUACAGCUGGCCUUCUCCGAGUUCUACCUCAGCCUCAUCCUACUGCAGAACUACCAGAAUCUGAACUUCACAGGCUUCCGUAAGAUCCUGAAGAAGCAUGAUAAGAUCCUGGAGACUCCCCGUGGGGCUGACUGGCGCGUGGCCCAUGUGGAGGUGGCCCCCUUCUACACUUGUAAGAAGAUCACCCAGCUCAUUUCUGAGACUGAGGCUGUGGUGACGACAGAGCUGGAGGGAGGGGACCGUCAGAAGGCAAUGAAGAGGCUGAGAGUGCCUCCACUGGGGGCAGCACAGCCUGCUCUAGCCUGGACUACCUUCCGCGUUGGCCUCUACUGUGGGGUCUUCAUCGUCCUCUCUAUCUCCUUCAUCCUCAGUGGUGCUGUACUCAUCCGGUAUGAGAACGUGUGGCCUCUGGUGCGUAUCUACCGUGGUGGCUUCCUGCUGAUCGAGUUCCUCUUCCUGUUGGGCAUUAACACGUACGGCUGGCGCCAGGCGGGGGUCAACCACGUGCUCAUCUUUGAGCUGAACCCUCGCAGCAACCUCUCCCACCAGCACCUGUUUGAGAUUGCAGGGUUCCUGGGGGUGCUGUGGUGUAUGAGCAUCCUGUCCUGUCUGUACUCUGAGUACACCAUGCUGCCCAUGCAGGUCAACCCCCUCAUCCUCUACGGCUUCAUGCUCCUCUUCCUCAUCAACCCCUUCAAGACUGGCUACUACAAGUCCCGCUUCUGGCUGCUCAAACUGCUGUUCCGUGUGUUCACGGCGCCGUUCCAUCGCGUGGAGUUUGCAGACUUCUGGCUGGCCGACCAGCUCAACUCUCUGGUGAUUGUACUGAUGGACCUGGAGUAUCUCAUCUGCUUCUACAGCUUUGAGCUCAAAUGGACCGACCGCAAAGGCCUCCUGCCCAUGUUCAACAGUGAUUACACAUGCCACAGUUACUCCUACGGUCUACGUGCCAUUAUCCAGUGUCUGCCUGCUUGGUUCCGUUUCGUGCAGUGCCUCCGUCGGUACCGAGACACCAAGCGAGCUUUCCCCCACCUGGUCAACGCUGGCAAAUACUCCACCACCUUCUUUGUGGUCACCUUCGCUGCACUCUACAGCACCCACAAAGAACAAAAGCAUUCCGAUGCAGACAUGUUCUUCUACCUGCUGAUGGUGUUCUCAGCCGUCAGCUCCCUGUACACUCUGAUCUGGGACCUGAAGAUGGACUGGGGCCUGUUUGACCGUGGAGCAGGGGAGAACACCUUCCUUAGGGAGGAGAUUGUCUACCCACAGAAAGCAUACUACUACUGUGCCAUCAUAGAGGACGUGAUCCUGCGUUUCGCCUGGACCAUCCAGAUCUCCCUCACCACCAUGACCAACAUCCCCUCUGUGGGAGACAUUGUGGCCACCGUUCUGGCUCCUCUAGAGGUGUUCAGGCGUUUUGUCUGGAACUUCUUCCGUCUGGAGAAUGAGCACCUGAAUAACUGUGGUGAGUUCCGUGCCGUGAGGGACAUCUCGGUGGCUCCGCUGAACGCUGACGACCAGACGCUGCUGGAGCAGAUGAUGGACCAGGAGGACGGAGUCAGGAACCGUCAGGGCAAGAAGAGCUGGAAACGCAGCUACAGCCUGUCCCUGCGGCGCCCCCUGCUGUCCUCUCAAUCAUCCAAGAAGGACACCAAGGUGUUGAUUGAGGACACAGAUGAUGAGGCCUUCAGCUGAGCCCAAAGCACCAGCUCUACAACCCCAAUGAUCACUCCAUCACAGAGCUGCCUCACACACACACACACACCACACACACACACACACACACAUACACACAUAUAUACAGACACCACACACACACACACAUACACACACGCACAGGCAGACACAGAUAGACACACAGGAAGACACAGGUAGACACGCAGGCAGACACAGGCAGACACAGAUAGACACACAGGCAGACACAGAUAGACACACAGGCAGACACAGAUAGACACACAGGCAGACACAGGUAGACACGCAGGCAGACACAGGUAGACACGCAGGCAGACACAGGUAGACACGCAGGCAGACACAGGUAGACACGCAGGCAGACACAGGUAGACACGCAGGCAGACACAGGUAGACACGCAGGCAGACACAGGUAGACACGCAGGCAGACACAGGUAGACACGCAGGCAGACACAGGUAGACACGCAGGCAGACACAGGUAGACACGCAGGCAGACACAGGUAGACACGCAGGCAGACACAGGCAGACACAGGUAGACACAGGUAGACACGCAGGCAGACACAGGUAGACACGCAGGCAGACACAGGUAGACACGCAGGCAGACACAGGUAGACACGCAGGCAGACACAGGUAGACACGCAGGCAGACACAGGUAGACACGCAGGCAGACACAGGUAGACACGCAGGCAGACACAGGUAGACACGCAGGCAGACACGCAGGCAGACACAGGUAGACACGCAGGCAGACACAGGUAGACAUGCAGGCAGACACAGGUAGACAUGCAGGCAGACACAGGUAGACAUGAAACAUACACACUAAUACAUAUAGACAUACAAAGAAACACACAAUAAUUCAGUGACACACAAACAGAUUAAUUUAUUCAAGCACAAUCUCAGUAUAUGAUAUUGGUAUAGAUGAGAUGGGAUUACACACACACACACACACACACACACACACACACACACACACACACACACACACACACACACACACACACACACACACACACACACAGUUUUGAGUUCUUCAGACAAAGAGGGAUACACACAGGAACAUAUUUAGAAAACCCACCAAGCACUGGGAUUUACUGGGAGUACUUUAAUUUUUUUAACGGACUUUAUGUUGAUACUUUUUUGUUUGUAUAUUUGUUUUUGUAGUUCUUUGCCAUUUUUGGAGAUGUAUUAGAGAACAACCGACUGUUUACAUGCAUUUAUUAUAUUAGGAUGAACAGGGAGAAGAAAUAUUUAUCAAAAAGACUAAUAAUAAUAAGAAGCCUGAGCAUGGACUCUGGAUCGCAACAUUUACCACAGCAUAUCAACAACAUCAACUGGUUUCAACCUGUUGCUUCUUUUUCUACUCCACUUACUGGGUUGAUUUUGUUUAUUGAGUUGUAAUAAUAAAGUCAGUGUAAAACCCUGGCGGCACUUGCAGGAAAAGUGCAUUUAAUACAAACAAACAAAAACAACUUGUACAAAAAUAUAAUUUAAACAUAUUUUAGUCUGUGAAAGUUGCUUUGUAUAUUUGUUCAUGUGCACUAUUAUGUACUCCAUGUAUUAUUUAGAAGAAUGAGAAUAGCUCAAGCAUAUGUGCAAUGAUAUGUAUGUGUUUCUCAAUGGUGGGAAUGUUGAAUUAGACUUGUGCCAUGUUUUCUAAAAGCUACUGUUUCCGUAGAAGACUAAGAACACUUCAGGUGGCUCAUUCUCCCUCUCAUAUAAACUUUUCCCACAGAUCAGUUAGCCAGCCCAUGUUACAACUUCAAAGUUUUGCAAAAACAAACAAGUCAAUUAUCUAAUUGGCUUUAGUUCAAGUGCCCUACAUGUUCAUAACUGUACUUUGCUUUUCUGCUAAAGCGUUAUUUUAAUGAAUGUUGUUCACUGGCGUAGCAUCAAUCAUCUAGCUAGCCUGAGAAGAAUAGUCUGUUUGUUCUACUGAGAUGUCUGAGAGUCUCGUGCAUUUCUCUACCCUUUUAAGAAUACUAUCCCAUUCUCUCUUUUUAUUGCUCAACAACUAAAACAGCACUGUGACCAUUUUCGAUUGCAGUGUUUUCUACUGAUUGUGUGGGGCACUUUGUAUUUUCUCUGUUCUACUUUCUCAGAAGCAGUGGAGCGAGAUCAGCUGACAGUGAUCAGGGUUUUCCACUGAGGUUCCUCUGACUGUAAUAUCGCCAAGUAGAUCAUGUGGCAUCUUCACAGGAUAUUGAUUUCGUCUGCUGAGAUGGGUUUUCCAUGGGAGGGAUGCCCUGGCUAAACAGGAGAUCCUCAUCUGUCAUGUCUGCUAGCACUUUCACUAUCCAAAUAACAGUCCACACCCUGAUCUGCCAUUCUUCCUCUGAAAUAUCUAUGAACUUUACAACAAAGCUACUGCAUCACCUGUUUUGAAUAUAGAAUGCAUGCGUCAUGUACAGUAUCAUAGGUCCUGGGACUCUGCGUGUGUCAGGGUUUUUGGUGGUAGGGUUUGUCAGGCCUGUUGACUAGAAAAGGGACCAAGUGAGCGAGUCGUAUACCUGCUGUGUCAAGUGAUCUUUAAUCCUGGAAAGACUAUGCUGUGAAACAGUAGUUCUCAGAUCAGAUAGCCGUGAUUAAAUAGGCCCGUCCUCCUUGGGUUGUAGGGCCUGCAGUAUUUACUCUGUUGUUUAGGACUGGGUUAGCUCACAGUUUCAAGUCUCAGUGCCCAAAAAUUAUGUUGAAGGUGAAGUUGAUUUAUCAAUGAUCAACUCAUUCUACAGUACAUGUCUGUUUCUCAUGCUUUUAUGGCAACGCACUCAUCAACACAACUCAUGAUUUUGCUUUAAUAUAUGUUCCUUGAUUAACAUUGGUACUUUUUAUUACUUGGUUUCGCCAAGAAAAAGAACCCCAUGGAAAUUGUUCAACUGGCAUCCAUUGUUGGCGCUCUUUUUGUUUGUUCAUUUUGUUACAUGCACGCUUUACUUAUAUCAUUUUCAAGCACAAUCUAUCGGCUGUAACUUUGAAGCGGGUAAGCCCCUUAUCCGUGGACCUCGUGGCUUUUCAAGGGAAGGAUAAGUGUGUGUUGUUGACUGCUUUCUCCCCACUCACUGUGUGUGACAGCCUCUCUCUUUCACCCUGGGGCUCAACUGUGUUUACACAAUGCAGUAGUUGAUGUACAGUGUUGAUGUGUCGAUCAAUCAGCAUGAGCUUGUCUUGCCUUUCUCUUAGCUUUUCUUAUUUAUUUAGACUGUUGACACGUCUAAUGAGAAAUGACAGUUGGGGUCCCAGCACGAAAUAUUUGUUUAAAUUGCAAAGUUCAUAGGCUACAAAAUGUUGUAAAUGUGUAAUAGCACCAUCAACAACAAGAAAUACACACAAUGUCGUGUGCCUUUGAGAUAGAUUUCUUCCAUUACUGUGGUGAUGAUGCACUUAGACAUAUGGCAAUUAUGGCUGUGCAAUGAAGUCUGGUAGUGAUAGAAACCACUAUCACAAAACACACAAUUAAAUUAUCUAACUACUGAUUGUGUCUUCUUUGUUGGAAGAAUAGUUGCUUCCACUUUCUUUCCACACUCACGACAAAUAUGGAACAGGCUAGUCAACCAGUCUUUCCACCAGAGAGCACCCUGCUGCAAGGUUGCCUUUGGCAUUUCAGUCCUUUUGAAGUGAUGGAGAGCUCUUCUACCUCCCAAAACACACACAGAUACACACACACACUCUGUUUAAUCUAGUCUAAAACUUUAACACUGUCCUGUUUUGUCAGAGACCACAAACUUCUCCCUCCCACCUUCAUGAGAUUGUUUAAGUAUCACUCUGACAAUUGUCUUGCCUGCAUGCUGCUUUUGUUUUCCAUUGUACAUAUCUGAAUGAUUUAAUUAUCUGGAGAAUACUGAUUAUUCUAGCUGUACUGUUCUUCCUUGAUUACAUACAUUGUUUUUCAUUUAGCUUUAGAACAAGCAGUAUUCCAGGUAUUGAGGAGCAUUUUGAUUGUUCACAAUCCUGCAUUCUUUAAGUGUAAAACCUGUUGAAUUGUGUUUGUUAAAAAAAAGGAGAAAAAGUAGAAAGUGAACCUGGAUUGUGAUUGGCUGUAUCUUGUUGGUGUUUCCAUAUUUUUUCCUGACUCCCUCAUCCUCAGGGUUUGCGUCCAGGGCUACUGGAGGGAGGAGACUAGGGGUUGACAACCCUCAGUCAAGCGAGUGAUGACACUAACAAGAUACUAAUGGUUUCCUAAGAUGGAAGCAUUCUAAUGCAUAUGACUGCUUAGCAGUUAUUCACUAAUUUAUGUACAACUGAGCCAUUUUUAAUGUCAAGAUAUGGUUAGAAAGUGAUAACCCUUUGACAUUGAGGGUUACUUUGUAUAGGUAUUUUCUAAGACCUGAAUCAUACGCAAGCCCUGACAUCACAUUUUCUCAUGAGUAAUACCUCUCAAUGAUUUGCUGAUUUUACUGCUUGCUAAAUCCCAUGUUAUGUGCUUGAUGUCUCUGCAUAUUUACUUCCUUCUUGAUGUUGUUGUAUCCUUUCUAAAGUAGAAGACUAAUGGUGUCUAUAGUAACUACAUGGAUGUACUUUAAACGCGUUCUGAAAACUGAUAAAAAGAUCAGUUAUGUGGUUGUGUUUUAAAAAGACAAGAAAGGAAAUGUCUUACAAUAGCCCUUUUACAGAGUAGAUUGUAAAUGUUGAGUGUAUAACGCUGUACUAUGAUGGUUUUAACGAUGGUCUCAUUUGUAUUUCUGUAUACACUUUGGUGAUCCUGUCACAUCUGGGUUUUAUAAACCAAGCAUAUUUUUUUAAACUGUCGCCCUGGCUCUGGCUUUUUUAUUUUGUCCAUUCCAUAAUAAAAAUAGUGUUGUCUGUA